AACUGUUCAGUUUGCAACCCCGGUGUUCUGCACUUUAAAUAUAUUUUCUAUUAAUUUGAUUAAUAAACAGGGGGGUGUGCAAUAUGUGGAAACGAAGAUGUGGACCUAUUCUUGUUUGGGACAUUUUUGAUAAACUGGUGAAUAUUUUCGAUAAGUUUUGGCCAUUUGGUAUUAAAAUGUAUUGAUGAUUUAAACUAUGGUCGGUCCAUACGGUGCAGUCACUUGGUGGGGCUUCAGCCCAGCUCUGGACCUGCGAGAAGAAUAUCAGAAACUUGGCGAUAGUUCUCGGGAUGAAGGCCAUUUGAACAUCCUUCUGGUCGGCUGUGGAGAUUGCAGACACGUUCUAAAAACCCUUGCAAAAACUUAUAAAUGGAAGAAGGAUUACCAAUUGCAUAUUUAUGUAGUUGAAAGUAAUCUGGAAUUGCUUGCAAGACAUUUGCUACUUCUGGGCAUUGCAAAGGAAUCAAAGGAAAAUCUUGGAUUACAAGAAAAGUGUGAACUUUUUUUGGAGUUGUUUGGAAAUAGUCUUAUUCGACCUCAAACCAGUGAAUAUAUACAAGACAAAGCAACCCAUUUCAUUCGAAUGGUAACAGAUUUGGAGUGUCUCGGACGAGAGUUUCCAUUGAUUGACAUGUCAUUAUUAAAGUUCAAGGAGCGAGACAUGCUCGAAGGAAUUUUCAAGUUUUGGCGGAGUCGAGAUGUUAAACUCUUCGAUAUUACCAAGUGUUGGGACUCAAGGCUACGGAGCCAUUUGGAAGUCAGAUACGAUCACCGAAACAAUGUUUACGACUGGGAUUACAAUAUGGCGCUUCAUAGGAAAGCUCCUAUAAUAAAGUUUCACGAGUACAAGACGUGGCGUGAUCAAGGUGUGGCAUUCGAAAUGCGCGAAGAUGCCUCGUAUGCAGUAGCGAAUCGUACCUUAGCUUCUGGUCUCGUUGUUACUAAGGGAGGGGAGAAGUUUUUAAGUCGUGGUUAUUGGGGCGACAUCAUAAACAGUCCAUUUUUCGCUUUCGGUAUUGAAAGUGACGAAAAGCGUUUGUUCGAAAAGAAAAAUGACGUCCAUGUUAAGAGCGCCCGCGAUGUGUCUGUACACAACGUGACGUCGUUUAUGUUCGAAAUCGCGAAUCAUAAAAAAUACGAGCCUUCAAAGCAGGCUCAUAUAGAGGACGAUGAAGGACAUUCGAGGAUAAAAGAGAUCAUCGAGGAGGUCGAUGAGUUGCAAGUGACAUCGGGAAGCAGCAAGAUAGAAGAUGAUGUUUUGUUGCAUGGCGAUAAUGUGAAAGUGUUCUUCCUGCCGUCGAAUGGCGUUCACGAGUUGCAGAAGAAGAACCGAUUUAAGGAGCUGUUCGAUUUAGUAUAUUUUUCCAACAGUAUGGUGCAUUUUUGUACCCCGGAUACAAGACAUCUUCUUUCCAAGAAUGCGAUGUUGAUCAUCGAGACGACAAAAUACAUGCUCGACCUUAAAGAGGAGCAAAGUCGGGAGUAUUUGAAGAAAGUGUCCUCAAUGGUGGAAAGAGCUGGAUGUCGGCCUCUUCUCCCCUGCGACGACGCGAAGGACGAGUUCGCUUAUUUCAAGCAUACAGGAGAGUAAGAUGUUGCAACUGCAGAGCUAAGUUUUCAAACGUUUAUUUAUUCAUCCAACUUUUAUGUAAUGCGAAGUAGAAAUGUAUGUUCAACCUCGGUCGGGUCGGUUUCUUUGUUGGCACCGUAAUACUGACACCCCCCCGGUAAAGCCAUUUCUAUAUUGUCAAAAGUCUUUUCCUUGAGGUAAGACAGUCUUUACACGGCUUACGAACAUUGGACUUAGAAUGUUUCCAUCUCGCGUAUUUUGAUUUUGUGAUAAAAUCUGAAUGCAAAUGUGCCCUGAAACUUCUGUUUGAAAAAUUUUUUGAAAAAUAAUGGUUAAAGCUUUGAUUCUUUGUGGGUUUUGGAACAGAAGCCUUAUGGCCUUGUUUGUUUUCAUAUUUUAUCACGGUAAUAUCGUAGUUUAAAAGUGAAGGGAAAACGAAUUACGAUCGAGGCAUUUGAUGUAAAAAUAUGACUGAUGAGCUAGCAGAAGACGCUUGAUAAUAGUAUAUCUUGAUCAUAUCGUAUUUUAUUUCAACGCUAUCAAUACUUGUUAGCAAAUUUUAUUUUUCGAAAAUGCGAAAUGAUUGCAUCAAUAAAAAACCCGACAGCGCA